AGACAACGAAAGAAAACACACAAGCAGGACAAACAGUUUCACCCUUGUAGUCAGCACUCGGGAACUUUCUUCUGCGAGCGGAAACUUUCUCCUGAGCGACAUGAAGUAGCUGCGGGGCCAUGUCGCUGCUCGGCCCGCUGCUCAGCUGCUCCAGCCGCUGCUUGUGGAGAGCAGCUCCCCGUCUGUCCGCGCUGCUCAGGCCGGCUCCGCCCGCACUACCCGCGGUCCUGGCUGUGGGGAAGAAGGAUUUCAUAGAGCUCCCUGUCCUGCCUGAGGAGGAGCUUGAGGAGCAGUUUGUGAGAGGAUCCGGGCCAGGAGGACAGGCUACCAACAAAACCAGCAACUGUGUGGUGCUCAGACACAUCCCCACUGGGAUUGUAGUAAAGUGCCAUCAGACCAGAUCUGUGGAUAUAAAUCGAAAGCGUGCCCGGGAAAUCAUGAGAGAGAAACUCGAUGUAGAAUAUAAAGGAGAAUUCAGUGAAAUUCUUGUAAAGAAGAAAGAGUCUGUGUUGAAGAAGCAGGAGAAGAGGAGGAAAGUGAAUGAAAAUCUGGAAAGGAAAAAACUAUUUAAAGAAACUGUGGCUGCAAACUCCAAACCUGGAAAUGACACAGUUUAAAAUAUUUCUGUGUUAAACAGAAUGUGGACAAAAAAUAUUGGAAUAAAUCUGUAUUUUAUUCUCAUUAGUAAAUAUGUUAAUGUGUUGAUGUUGUCAAGUAAAACAAACCUGUUAUUUCUA